AAAGUAAAAAGUAAAAUUUAAAAAAGAAAUUAAAAGCUAAAAGGAAAACGAGAAAUAAUUUCGAUUUCAAAUAAUUAACUAAAAAAUUGAUACAUUUAAAAGAUAGGGAUAAAUAACCCGGUUAAGUAGCAAUGACAUUCCCGCGCAAGAAGAAGGAAGGCGCAAUGGCUUCUGAUUCAACUGCUCAAACUCAAAGGGUCGACGAGGAGAAGGAAACUUGUGAACCCAAAAGCAGCAAUUCAUCAAAAUCUUGUUUUCAGUCAACAGUCUGUUUGAAAGAUUGGUGGCUUAUUAGGGCUGAAACAGAUUCUCAAGGAAGGACCCUCGCCGUUGCUGGCCUCACUUCUCGAGAGGGUCAAGCACUGCGAGGAUUCACUUCUGCACCAAUUCUCAAGAUAUAUGAUGUUUUUAAUCUUGAGACCAUUGAUGGGGUAUGCGUUGUCCUCAAAGGCUUCAUAAACAAAAGUCGUUCAGAGGAAAAUGAUUUUCCAUCUGAGGUGAUCGAACAGUUUCUUUUUGGUUUUCCUCCUCAAUGGGAGACGUUUAAUGAGAAAUGCUUAGGAAGAGAAUCUAAAGGUAAGGGUUCUGCAAGUGAUGCCCUUGGUUCUGAAAAACCAUCUGUGUGUUCAGAAAAGGUUAAAUAUCUAAAGAAGUUAGAUCAAAAGGAUCAUGUAGAGACUACUGGUGAAACAAUACAGGAUCAUAAUGGGAGAAAAGACUAUGAAGUAGAAGACAAUUUAAUGAGGGACAAUCAGAAUGAUGGAGAAGUUGCAAGUGAAGUUAUUAUACAAAAGGCGACGAAAAGAGCAACGAGGUCAUCGGUUAAGCUUAAUUCUACAAACACUUCUACAAGCAUUGCAAAGAAGCAAACAAUACAGGAUCAUAAUGGAAGACAAGACUAUGAAGUAGAAGACAAUUUGAUGAGGGACAAUCAGAAUGAUGGAGAAGUUGCAAGUGAAGUUAUUGUACAAAAGAAGACAAAAAGAGCAACGAGGUCAUUGGACAAGCUUAAUUCUACAAACACUUCUACAAGCAUUGCAAAGGAGCAAACAAUACAGGAUCAUAAUGGGAGAAAAGACUACGAAGUAGAAGACAAUUUGAUGAGGGACAAUGAGAAUGAUGGAGAAGUUGCAAGUGAAGUUAUUGUACAAAAGAAGACAAAAAGAGCAAUGAGGUCCUCGGACAAGCUUAAUUCUUCAAACACUUCUACAAGCAUUGCAAAGGAGCAAACUGCAGAUGAUAAUCGAACAACUCACUUUAAAAGUUCAAGCGCAUCCACGAAAAAUGCAAAAAGAAAAUUGUCAUAUGUCAGUAGGCGCUCAUAGAAAAGCUAUCUUAAUUUUACAUUAUGUGUUCUUGUGACAGGAAAGUGCACUUCCAAUUUACAUGUUUAACAGCAGAGCAGAUAUAUACAAGGGACUAAGUUCACUUUCAAGUAGGCCAACAACAAAGUUAUAAGCUUGAAAUUUCCCAUUUGGACAUAAAUAUUAUUUCAGUAUUCACAAAUACUAGUUUGUGAGUAUUUGCAAAUACCAAAAAUUCAGCAUUAGAACUUCAAUGAAAUAUUGGAACACUGAUU